AUGUCUGGGAAGAAAAAAUCCCGUCUCAAGUCCAGUACUUUCUCCUUCAAAGACCGAGGUCAAUUAUCCCAUGGGAAGGACUUGGAUGUUCAGUAUGUGACCCACAAAAAGAUUAUGAAGAAAAAUAGGAAAUCAACAUGGGUGGAAUCUUGUGCUGAUCCUCGAUAUGAUACUGGGCCGUCACCUACCUCUAGCCCACACAAAAGAGUUAAGCACCAUCAUGAAGGACCAGAUAGCAUUCCAGGAGAUGUUGAGAGAGAGAUACAGAAAAUCCAAGACGACAAACUAAGGCAGACUCAGAAUGACUUCAUUCACGAAUAUCUCAAUUACCGUGAUUUAUUCCUGGAUGUUAUCCUGGAGUCAGAAGAUUUGGCCAACGAAGGGCUCUGCGAAUGUUGUCAGAGUCAGGAAGGUUUAUUCCGGUGCUUGACUUGCAGUGGUGACCAUGCAUGGUGCCAUGCAUGUAUUCUCGAAGCCCAUAAAUCAUUACCGUUUCAUAAGAUGCAAGAAUGGAACGGAAAAUGCUUCGGUGACACAUCCCUCAUGCAGAUGGGUUAUAUAUGGCAUUUGGGUCAUGGGGGUCGUCCAUGUCCAUCCUCUCAAGGCUCUUGGGAAUGGGAGGAUUUGGAUGUGCAUAUAGACAACCAGGUCGAGGGCACUGGAUCUCAUAUUGCCAGUGAAACAAGUCCACCAACCACUUCCUUAACCAUCGUUCACUCCACUGGAGUAUUUACACACAACAUACUCUGGUGUCAUUGCCCUGGAUCUCUGCAACAAUCCUUGCAGUUGCUCAAAGCAGGAUUAUUUCCAGCCAGUAUAUCCCGGCCUCGAACUGCCUUCACCUUUGAUGCUCUCGACAAUUUUCUCAUUGAUGCCCUUGAAUGCAAGACAUCUGCAUCAAGCUUCUUCCAAAAGCUUCGACGCCUAACUAAUAAUGCUUUCCCAGAUACUGUGCCAGAUCGGUAUCGUGAACUGAUGAGGGUGUCUCGUCAAUGGAGAGAUUUGAUGAAUCGAAAACGUUUUGGAUUUGGACAUAGUUCCUUGAUCAAGCCUGGGCCUGGUAACCUGGCUUUAUUUUGUGCUGCCUGUCCACAGCCUGGAAUUAAUAUGCCACUUCAUUGGCGGCAUAACUGGUUGAUCAUGCAGAGAUAUGUUGUGGAUGGCAACUUCACCGCUCAACAUAUGAAUAUGAGACAACCUCAUCUUGAUGUCUCCCUCUCUGAUGGUCUAGGGUAUAUGGUGACAGAGGCUGGGUACCAGGCUCAUUUGUCAUCGGCUAUGGAGAGUAAGGAUUGGUGGACUUCCAGAAGGGUGAACGGCUGUCAGUGGUGCAUUCAUUUUGCAGAACGUGUAGCCAACUGCACAGGAUUAUCCCUACCUGAACAUAGUCGAGUUUUGGCAGCUGUUGGGGCAGGUCAAGUAGAUGGAGAAAUUCUAGAAACUCUCUGGGCAUCUUUCAAUAAGAUAUCACCAACUGCUCGUUCAAUGAGUCAAUACCACCGGCAGGAAAUUUUGGAUGAUCACAUGCGGGACUCCAAUUGGAAGAAACUAGUUGGACUUGUCAAGACUCUCUUGAAAAAGCAUAAACGAGCCAUCAAGGGAAUUAGCGAUACAAAGCCUCCUUUUGAUGAGCUAACACGCUCAUUGGACGAUGAAAAAAUUGCCAUAUGGGAAAAUGAUGAAAUGAAGGCUAUGGAGGAACGAGGCGAAUAUCUUGACAUUUAUCAGCUCAAGAUUGAUCAAGCCCCUACAAUGGCUGAGAUUCGACUAAGAUUAACUGAAGCAGAGAAUGCCGAAACAGGAAGAUUAGGAACAGUAUCUUGGAUCAUCCAAGGCAUCAAUCUUGAGGAUGCCCAGGAUGGGUUACGAUCAGAGUUUCGUCGACUCCCAUCUGAUGCCACUGCUACCCAGAAGGCUACUCUUGAAGAGAAACGACAGAAAAUAUCAGCUCGUAUAACUGCAUUCCAUGAAACUGCUGAUGCUAUGACAGAGGGAAUAGAGCUGGAAGCAGGUACAGUGCACAAAGAUGAUGCUAGGUUUUGCUGGGCAGAAGAUGAAGAGCAUGACUGGGAGGCUCAUGUUGCUGACCUUGAAGAUGAUUCCGAAUUGGUGGAUGAUGAAAUUUCAGCAGAAGAUAUGGGUCUCUGGAUGCCAUCAUCAGUGCUUCAUGAUCAAGUCACUUCGGCUCAUUUAUUAGCCCUUCAAGCAGAGGAAUUGGAGCUGAGACGGGGUCAAGCCAAUGAUUGCCUUGAAAAAAUUCGGUUGGCUCUUGGUGAUAAGGCUGUCAUCUACCGUCAACACUUUCGAAGCGCUGAUUCUGUGUGGACUGGGACAAGAUCCAAACAAGAAGCUCAACGUUGUCGUAUCAAAAUCGACAAGUAUGUCCGAAGUUAUCAAAGGGCAAGAUCAGCUAUGGAGAGACUUGGCAUGGAUCGAGAAUCUCUAGAAACUGUUUAUCAAGAAAUACUAGCUGAACAGCUUAGUAUUGACAAGGAGGUGACAGAAGAGAAUCGAUUCGGCCAGGGGUCAGACAAACUUGCAUGGUUUUGGAGGGUUAACAACGGAAAGCAGGAUCAAACAGACACUUGGAUGGAUGAAUUCUACAGAGUGAACUGGUUGAAGGCAAAGGCAAGAUGGAACAGGUGGGAGGAGGAGUUAAGUCUGGUUCAACACGAAAUGGGGUGGACAGUCAGUUGGUUCAAAUACCAAGAGGAAAAAUGGCAACUACGAUGGCACCAAGCUACCAAACCUGGUCAUCAACCAUAUGCCCAUAAACAGGUGCUGGUGUGGAAAGCCUUCACAGCAGAAGCUGAGGAAAAAUUCAAGGACAAGCUGCUAAUCAUGAUUUGA